GUGUUCUCCCGCGACCGGGAAAUUUCGUCUUCAUCGCAAUCAUCCCCCACGCGAGAUCUGGAUUUCAUCAUGUUGAGGGGUGUUUUUCCUUUCCCUUCUUCUUUUUUCAUUCUCAUUCCCAUUUUCUUUUCUUUUUCAUUUCUUUUUCAUUUCUUUUUUCAUUUCUUUUUCAUUUCUUUUCCCAAGCGGCUGCAGCGGACCCGCCCAAAAAGACAAUAAUGACAAGUCGGGCCGGCAUCGACCCCGGCACCAGCAUGUGCUCGCGCAUAUAUUAUUGCAAGCCCAGGAGCAAUAAUACGGGCAUCCCACACGCCUGCAGUCUGCAGAUGAGGUGGUGUGUGGCCUGGUGGAUUAGUUCAAGGGAGGAGGCCCGUGAAAUGCCUCCAGCGAAGGAGGGAAGCCGCUCGACUAACGAUGCAGGGAGGAACACUGGAAAAGUGCUCAAGCCCAUCCGUAGCAAACGACUAGGAGCAGUUUUAUCGAAAUUAUACUUUGUUUGAGCCGAAAUGCGAUCAUCAGAUCAUGUAGUGUGGGCGA